UUAGUGACUUUCUGCACAUCUCUUGACGACAUACACUUUCAGGCUCACGGAUGCUACUGCAGAUGACUUCCAUCAGGCAUGAAACCCGUGAUUUCGCCUUUAAUUGGGAAGGUCAGUGGAUCUGAGAGCUGGGAGGGAGCAAGGUGAUGUAGUCUCUCCCUCUCUGAUGCCAGAAUGAGAACUUACACCCGUGGGUCACCAACAGUGUUCUUUAUAGGUGCACUAGUGACCCUAGCUCUGGCUGAAGUGGACCCCAGCGGAGGCAUUCCAUUCCUCGGAGGGAACUACGAGGGAACUCACCCCAUGUUGUACUUCGGCCAGGCAGAGGUUGAGGAGCUGCAGCGGGUGGCAGUGGGGACACACAAGGCUUUGGCCCGACAGAUCCGCGAGGCCGGUGAGGCCAUACUGGAGCGGCCGGAGGAGUAUCUGCCCCCUUGGAACCCUGCUGAGUUUAGUGCCCGCUGGAACGAAGUCUAUGGGAACAACUUAGGCCUGCUCUCUAUGUUCUGCCUGCUGUACCCGCACCGCGCUGGUGCACUGGAAGUAGCCAAGGAAUACAUGGAGCGCAUGGCUGUGCAGCCCGACUGGAUGGUAAAAGACGCUCCGUGGGAUGAGGUUCCCAUAGCUCACUCUCUGGUUGGCUUUGCUACAGCCUAUGACUUCCUGUAUGAAUACCUCAGUAAAGUUCAGCAGGAGCGUUUCCUGCAGGUGAUUGGGAAUGCUUCACGCUACAUGUAUGAGAAGUCAUACCACCGCGGCUGGGGAUUCCAGUACCUCCACAACCACCAACCCACCAACUGUGUUGCUCUUCUGACUGGCAGCCUCGUGGUCAUGAACCAAGGAUACCUCCAGGAUGCGUACCUCUGGACAAAACAGGCUCUGGCCAUCAUGGAAAAGUCCAUGGUGCUUCUCCGAGAUGUGACUGAUGGGUCUCUGUAUGAGGGUGUUGCGUAUGGAACUUACACCACUCGUUCACUCUUUCAGUACAUGUAUCUGGUACAGAGGCACUUUGGUAUCGGCCACUUCAAUCAUCCCUGGCUCCACAAACACUUUGCAUUUCUCUACAGGACAGUGUUGCCUGGUUUUCAGAGAACUGUUGCGAUCGCAGAUUCCAACUAUAACUGGUUUUACGGGCCAGAGAGUCAGUUGGUCUUUCUGGAUCGAUAUGUCAUGCGAAAUGGCAGUGGGAAUUGGCUGGCUGAGAUAAUCAGACAGAAUCGAGUUCUGGAGGGCCCAGGACAGGCAGGCAGGGGGCAGCGCUGGUGCACACUGCACACAGAGUUCCUCUGGUAUGAUGCCAGUCUGCAACCCACUCCACCUCCUGAUUAUGGUACAUCACGCCUCCAUUAUUUCGAAGACUGGGGAGUGGUGACCUACGGAAGUGCUCUACCUGCUGGGAGAAACCGCACAUUUCUGUCCUUUAAGUCGGGGAAGCUUGGUGGACGUGCUAUAUUUGACAUCGUUCACAAAAACAAAUACAAAAACUGGAUAAAAGGGUGGCGGAACUUUAAUGCGGGCCAUGAGCACCCGGACCAGAACUCCUUUAUCUUCUCUCCGAAUGGAGUGCCGUUUAUCACAGAGGCAUUGUACGGUCCCAAAUACACCUUUCUCAACAAUGCCGUCAUGUUCGGGCCUGCUGUGACUGAGAGCUGCUUUGCACCAUGGGAAGGCCAAGUUACUGAGGCUUGUAACUCUAAAUGGCUUAAGUACAAGCACGGUCAAGCAGCAGACUGCCAAGGUCAGGUGGAAGCGGCUCUGGAGCAGCAGGGCAUGGUGUUUAUUCGUGGGGAGGGUCAAGGAGCUUACAACCCUGAGUUGAAGAUCAAGAGUUUUCAAAGGAACUUACUUCUGCUUCAUCCUCAGUUGCUACUGAUGGUAGACCACAUUCAGCUGCAUUUAGGCAGCCCAACACGAAGCAUGAGCGCCUUCUUCCACAACACAGACAUGCCGUUUCAGAUAACCGAAGUUGAUGGAGUUCAUGGUGCUCUGAUCAGACAUGGAAAUGAAACAUCCAAGAUGUUCUGGUUGGAUGAUACAGGCAGCAGUGAAAAGGCAAUAGUGGGAUACAGGAGCUAUCCCCGUGGGUACCCCUAUAAUGGGUCAAACUAUGUGAAUGUGACUUUGCCACUGAGGUACCCUACCAACAGAGUGGCCUACAUCUUCUUUGGAUGCGGAGUGGAUGUUAAGAGUUUCAGCGUGCAUGGAGACUCAGAAACACUGGACAUCUAUCUGGCAACCGGGGAUCACAUCUACACCAUCUAUCUGUACACAGAUGUGAUUCCCACCAAGCCUAUGGCCAUGGUGUUGAUGGACCAAAAGAAAGUAAUGUUUGAAAGGACAGCAGGGACAAAUGUGCAGCCCUUGGUGGAAGUAGAGGGAUAUGUUAAUGUUGUGGAGGACAAUCUGCAGCAGGUAAAACCAGUCUUCCAACAGCUGGAGAGGCAAAUCCUUUCACGGGUUCUUAACUCGGACAGUUUCCACAAAACUGCUGAGCGCCUCCUAAAGUCCUUGGACAAGAAGAAGACACCAGGGACUAUUGAGAAGAUGUUUUCCCUUUCUAAGAAGCAGGGGAAGGGAGGCAAGAAGGCAAGCUUUUCCGAUAGCCUCCCAGACAUCUUUGCUCAAUUAGAGGUGAGGGAGAAGAAGGAGAGGCAGAGGACGAUGAAACGUGUCUAUGAGGAGAUUCCAGAGGAGGCAGAUGGCAACUCAAGGGCAUUCAUCAAUUACAGUGAUUUCCAAAAGGACAGAAAAGUGGGAUUUGUAAAGGGGCGGAAAUUCAAAGAAGUACGAGUGGGAGCUACAGCAGAGAGUGACAGUAUGUUUAAUGCCGCCUCAUACAUUCGCCUUUUCCUGAUUUUAAAUAUAGCCACUUUCUUUGUGCUGCUGGCUGUACUAUUGGCGCGCUUCCAAAGGGCGCAGAGUUUGCAUACGCAGCGUUACUUCUACUGCAUCCUCCUCAUAGACAGCUUCAUUCUGCUCUGUCUGUAUUCCUCCUGUUCGCAGACAAAGUGCUGACAUCGUCGCUGUGAGACAUUGAGACCGACGCAAUAUACCAGCACUUCGACCAAGUGUUGAAGCCUGCGGCAGAAUAUCCCUGUUUGCAGCAGCAGUGCAUCCUAGUGAGGCAACAUCAGUGUUGGAAAAUGGUUCUUUCUCACAAGACAAGGGCACAUAAUUACUGUGAGACAGCUGGAAGUACUCCAUGCUACUUAUUCUGAGCCAGUGUUAGCAAACAGGUGUCUGGGAAAAGUCGACUACAAAUAGGGAUUAAUCAAUGUGGAAAAAAUAGCCAGCACACCUCAAAUCAAAAGCUAUUUUGGAGCUUAAAAAUUGUUUACAUUAACUUUGCCUUGAAGUAUAGCGCCCUGUACAUGACAUAAGGAGAAAAACAGAAUAAAGGGUUUUUAGUUAAAGUAGUAAUUUAUUUCCCUUGUUUUAGUUCAAUCAUAGCCACAGUUUAAUUGACAUGAGGGAACAAAUAUGGCAAAAAAAAGAGGUUGUGAGAACAAAUUCCAAAUUUGCAAAAUAAAAUUUUUUGGUCAACGUCAUUAGCAGGCCUCCGUAUUAAAGUGGCA